CUUCUCGCCCCCAAGGACUUUUCUUUCACAGAUGGUCGUGUCAAAUAAAUCUAAAGAAAGUUCAUCUGGAUCAUUAUUCUUCCACUGGGAGACUCUGUUUUUGGUCGUGCACUCGACGCCCUAUUUUUAACGUUCCGUCGGAAUACCUUCAGAGAAUCUUUCUCCCAUGGAACUGUCACAGGCUCUGCACAGAAUGAAGAAUGCAGAGGUAUAAAAACGUCUUCUCAGAGACUCAAGCAUGCAAAAUUUCAGAUAUGCUUCUUCUUCUGUCUCUUGUGUUCUUGUCGUUGGCUGGGACAGCCCUAGCUGACAUCUACAACAAUGUCGACGAGCUGCCUCGAAACUUGACUUUUGACUUUAUAGUAAUAGGUGGUGGAACUGCUGGGAAUGUCGUCGCUAAUCGACUCACUGAAAACCCCUCCUUCUCCGUCCUUGUGUUGGAAGCUGGUCCUUCACCCGAGGGACAGCUCAAUCACACGGUACCAUUUUUCAGCAUUUUUCUUAGAGAACAGAGCCCUUUGGACUGGAAUUAUACGACUGUACCUCAAGUUGGUCUCGAUGGUAGCGCAUUGCAAUAUCCAAGGGGAAGGAUUCUGGGAGGCUGCUCCUCUAUGAACCGCCUGGCCUAUGUACGAGGAUCGUCGGAGGACUACGAUCGAUAUGCGAAUGUCACAGGUGAUAAUGGCUGGUCAUGGAAUGAAAUCCAGCCCUAUAUCCGAAAAAAUGAACGUUGGACUUCUCCCACUGACAAUCACAAUACAUCUGGCCAGUUUAACCCAGCAGUCCACGGGUUUCAUGGGAUAAAUUCCGUCAGUCUGGCAGGUUUUCCUUCGCCCACUGUCCAAGAUCGCGUGAUUCAAGUCACCGAAGAGCUUUCAGACGAGUUCCCUUUCAACCUGGAUUAUAAUUCGGGAUUCCAGCUUGGCGUUGGUUGGGCACAGUCGACCAUCAAGCACGGCAAACGCAGCAGCUCUUUUACUUCAUACCUGGGACCAGAGUUUGUCGGACGCCAGAACUUGCACAUACUGCUUAACGCGCAAGUUACCAGACUAUUACAAACCAAUUCCGACCCUACGGAAUUUCUUACAGUUGAAUUUGCUGAGAACAAAGAUGCCCCCCGUCAAAGAGUUACAGCCACCAAGGAAGUCAUCAUUUCUACUGGCUCUGUCGGGACACCAACGCUUCUGUUGAAUUCGGGCAUCGGAGAUCCAAACCAGCUCUCGCGAUUUGGCAUUAAGACCCUUAUCAAUAUUCCUGAUGUCGGAAAGAAUCUCUCUAAUCAGCCUAUGCUCACCCUCUCUUAUUUUGUCAACUCUACGAAUACCUUCGAUGACAUUAUUCGCAAUCUAACUCUCAGAAGCGAGCUUAUCCGUCAAUGGAUCGAGACAGACGGCGAUGGACCUCUGGGAAUCGGACCCUAUGGCACUCACCAAGUCUUUACGCGUCUUUCGAAAAACUCCACCGCCUUAGAAACAAAUCCUGACCCAGCGGCAGGGCCCAAUACGGCGCAUAUUCAAUCUGGUAUCCAGAACGGCGAUAUUUCUCCUCCCCCUGAAGGACAUUUCAUGACCAUAAGCCUCAGUCUCAACACACCCACCUCGAGAGGAAGUAUUCAACUCAAUACAACUGACGCUUUUGAUCAGCCUCUGAUUGACUUGGGCUUGCUUACCACUGAUUUCGACGUUUUGGCUCUCAAGGAAGGUAUUGGGAUCGCCCAGCGGUUCGUUGGCGCGCGCGCAUGGGAUGGAUACGUACUCGGCCCGCUCAGCAAUAUCACCGCCAGUUCGACUGAUGCUGAGCUGGAGGCCUUCAUUCGGGCCAAUACUUCUCCGAAUGGCCACAUUGUGUCCACUGCCAGUAUGUCACCGAAGGGGGCUCAACAUGGAGUUGUAGACCCUGAUCUGAGGGUGAAAGGGAUCGCAAGGCUUCGUGUAGUGGAUGCGUCUAUUUUGCCAUUUGUUCCCUCGGCCAAUACGCAGUUUGCGGUGUAUAUGGUUGGCGAGCGAGGUGCGGAUUUAAUUAAAGCUGCGUGGUAGUUGGCCCGCCGCCCUUAUGUCGAUUGAACGAUCAAGAAUUUCGGGAGACAACACAGAACUGAGUUCUUGUCAGUGGGACUCACAUCUCCAAAUAAUUGAGUCAAUCAUUUCCUAGUCUCGUACCUGUGCAAUAACAAGUGUUUGCUUGUGGCACUGUAAGACUGGUUUGGCACAAGAUUUUCCGGAUAUAACGAUAUCUUGACGCUGGCGCCAAUUUUGGGCUUCGCGCAAAAAAUUGGCGGGUAUACAACAAAUGUGAAGGACUAAGUUUGAC